AUGGCGCCUGUGAGAACGACAGGCGCUGUUGUCGCAGCAAUCUCAGUGACCAUGGCGUUGCUCUCUCUCUUCCUCUACAAGUCCAAGCCCUCCUCUAAAAAGCUACCCUCAAAGAAAAAUCCCAGAAAUGGCCUCCUUGGUGCCAUUGGAAACACCCCUCUCAUUCGCAUCAACAGCCUCUCCGAGGCGACCGGUUGUGAAAUUCUUGGCAAGUGCGAAUUUUUGAACCCAGGAGGGAGUGUAAAAGACAGAGUUGCUGUGAAAAUCAUUGAAGAGGCUUUGGAAUCUGGAGACCUUGCUCCAGGUGGAGUAGUCACUGAGGGGAGUGUUGGAAGCACAGCUAUUAGCCUUGCUACUGUUGCUCCAGCUUAUGGUUGCAAAUGCCACGUGGUUAUACCUGAUGAUGUUGCUAUUGAGAAGUCUCAAAUACUUGAAGCCCUGGGAGCCACUGUAGAAAGGGUAAGGCCAGUGUCAAUCACACACAGAGACCACUUUGUCAAUGUUGCUAAGCGACGGGCAUCAGAAGCAAAUGAGUUUGCAUUAAAGCAUGGAAAAGAUGAUGCGAAUCAGAAGGGUGUUGCCAAUGGCACCACCGAGAAGACUAAUGGUUUCCAAUAUGAUGAAGAGAAACAAAGUUUGUUUUCAAGGAAUUGUACAGGUGGUUACUUUGCUGAUCAGUUUGAAAAUCUGGCAAACUUCCGGGCCCACUAUGAGGCUACUGGGCCUGAGAUUUGGGAACAGACUGGAGGAAAUGUAGAUGUAUUUGUGGCAGGAGCAGGAACAGGUGGUACUCUGGCUGGUGUUUCUAAUUUUCUCCAGGAAAGGAAUUCAAACAUUAAGUGCUUCCUAAUAGAUCCUCCUGGUUCUGGUUUAUUCAAUAAAGUUACGAGGGGAGUGAUGUACACCAGAGAGGAGGCUGAAGGACAAAGGCUAAAGAAUCCAUUUGACACAAUAACUGAAGGAAUUGGAAUCAAUAGAAUAACAAAGAAUUUUAUGAUGGCAAAACUUGAUGGGGCUUUCCGAGGCACAGAUAAGGAAGCUGUUGAAAUGUCCAGGUUUCUUAUGAAGAAUGACGGGCUGUUUUUGGGGAGUUCUUCAGCCAUGAAUUGUAUUGGAGCAGUCCGAGCGGCACAGUCAAUUGGUCCUGGUCACACAAUUGUGACGAUUUUGUGCGAUAGUGGGAUGAGACAUCUGAGCAAAUUUUUCAGUGCUGAUUAUCUAUCUCAAUAUGGUUUGACACCUUCGGCUAGCGGAUUAGAGUUCCUGGGUGUUGGAUGA